CUUUUCUCUCGGAUCCCCCUCCGCACUCGAAUUACAACCACAACCCCGCGCCCGACCGCGAUCAUGGUUCACAAAGUACUCUUCUGGAGUGGCUUCGGCAUUGCCGUCCGUCUCUGGCAACUCGGUAUCGAGAUGCGUCCCAUCCUCGCCAAGGAAUCCCUCUGGGUCUACCCUCUUUUCGCUGGUGUUGGUGGAAGCUUUGGCUACUGGCUCCAGGGCGUUGAGAGCAGACAAUUGAAGAUGCUUGCACAGCGCCGCGAGGCCAUUCUCGAGAAGCGUCGGCGGCGGGAUGAGAAGCCUGAGGGUGGUGUCUUGGCUGCUGCAUCAUAAAGCAAAGAGCUAUUAUGAUUAAGAUGGUC